AUGAAUACACUGCCAGUCGAGGUCCGCUAUUCCCAGCUGUUGUGGAACUGCCCUCUAUCUGAGCCCUCCGCAAAGCGUCUCUUGGACAAACUCCAACUCAGUACCGAAACAGCCAUAGUCGACAUCGGAUGCGGCUGGGGCGAACUGCUCCUUCGCGUGGCACAGCAGUCCGGCGCGCCGGCCUUUGGCAUCGACACCGACGACGCCCUGCUGGCGCGCGGCCGCGCCAGCGCCUCAGCCGCGCAUGUGCCGGUCCAAUUCGCCAACAUGCGCGCCGACGAUUUUGUCUCUCGACGCCCGCGCGCCAUCUGCAUUGGGUCGUCACAUGCAUUUGGCGGCACUCGGCAGAUGCUUGAGGGUCUGGCCAAAGUUGUACCGCAGGGUCGGGUUCUCAUCGGAGACAUGUGCUGGGAGACGAGCCCUUCGAAGGAAUGUCUCGACAUGUUUGAAGACGAGGUAAUGCCGUUGAGUAGCAUCGUUGCGCUGUGUCGGGAGACGGGGUGGAAGGUCAUGUACGUAGAGACGGCAACGCAGCAGGACUGGGACGCGUUUGAGUGCGGACAUCGUGCCGGAACAAGAGAGUGGCUAGUGGAGAAUGCCAGUGAUGCAAGAGCUGCGGAUGUGGAAGAAGAGUUGACGAAAAAGGAAGAUGGCUAUUUUAGGGUGUACCGCGGACAUUUGGGGUUUGUGUUUGCGGUUCUUGCACGAUAG